AUGAAUACUAUUAUUUAUGUGGUGAAUAUAAGUCGACAAAAUUCAUCGUCACAUAUAAACAUCGAUUCAAGAAUAAGUGUGGUGAAAGAAAGUUUGAGACUUUGCACUAUCUUAGCAGGAAGAUCAACACCUUAUGUUGAAUUUCUAGUAAACCUGUUAGACAAUGAUUAUAAUGUAAAUGAUGUAAAUGAUCAUGAUGUUGAUAUUGUAACUGAGGAACUACACACCAAAAAGGUAGAACAAGAAGAUGAUGGUGAUGUAGAACAAGAAUUAUAUGAAAUAGAUGAUGAAGUCGAGCUGUAUAAAAACAAUGAAAUUGAACAUAAAAUGUUGUUAUGGUUAUGGAGG